AUGUCGCGAGCUUUGAGACAGUUUCCAUGUGAUAGGCGGCGGGUGGUUGCGGCGGGGGUUGGGAUUGGGGAGAAUGGGUGGGUGCUUGAACUGCUGAAGACUCACUUCGGCUACGAUGCCUUCCUGCCCCUUCAGGAGGACAUCGUCGGGUCGGUGAUGGCGGGGCGGGAUACCUUUGCCCUGAUGCCCACGGGCGGCGGAAAGUCGCUGUGCUACCAGUUGCCCGCCAUGGCCCUGCCGGGCCUGACCCUGGUGGUGUCACCGCUGAUCGCCCUGAUGAAAGACCAAGUGGAUGCGCUGGAGGCGAACGGCGUUCCGGCCGGGUUCAUCAACAGCACCCAGACCAACGCGGAGCUGUCGCAGGUGGUGCGACAAGUGCGGUCCGGGGAAAUCAAGCUGCUGUAUGUCGCUCCGGAACGGGCCAUCGAGGCCCGGUUUGCGGAUUUUCUCGGAACAUUGAACGUCAGCCUGGUUGCUAUUGACGAGGCGCAUUGCGUAUCGGAGUGGGGGCAUGAUUUCCGGCCCGCCUACCGGGAACUGCGGAACCUGCGGCGCUCCUGUCCCGACGCGCCGGUCAUCGGCCUGACCGCCACAGCCACCCGACAGGUGCGGGCGGACAUACUGUCGCAACUGGGGCUGCGGGAACCACGGACUUUCAUAUCCAGCUUCAACCGCCCCAACCUGUCCUACUCCAUCGUGCCCAAGGAGCGAGACCUCUCCGGACUGCUGUCCCUGCUGGAGAAGUACCGGGGGGAGUCGGCCAUCAUCUACUGCGGCUCCCGGAAGGACACGGAGGAGAUGGCCCAGACGCUGACGGACCGCGGGUUCAAAGCCGAACCCUAUCACGCCGGCCUGAACGCCGACGUCAGGCGGGCCACCCAGGAGCGGUUCAUCCGCGACAGAACGCCGAUAGUAGUCGCUACGAUUGCCUUUGGGAUGGGAAUCGACAAGCCCGAUGUGCGCCUUGUCGUCCACUACGACCUGCCCAAGAGCAUCGAAAGCUACUACCAGGAGACGGGCCGGGCCGGGCGCGACGGUGAGCCCGGUGAGUGCGUGCUGUUCUACUCGUACGCGGGGAAAUCGAAGCAGGAAUAUUUUGUAAACCAGAUCGAGGACGCGGAGGAGAGAGAACGGGCGAGACAACGCCUGAACCAGGUUAUUUCAUUGUGCACCCUGAAUUCCUGCCGACGCCGAUUCGUGUUGCAAUACCUGGGCGAGGAAUGGCCUGAUGAGAACUGCGGCGCCUGCGACAACUGCGUGGGGCCCAGGGAGCAGUACGAGGCUACGGAAAUCACACAGAAGGUGCUUUCAGCGGUCAUACGAACCGGCGAGCGGUUCGGGGCGGCGCAUGUAAUCGACGUUCUGAGGGGGAGCAAGGGAGAGAGGAUACUCAAGCAGGGACACGACCAGCUAUCAGUGCAUGGCAUCGCUGCAGAUAGUCCUCGAGACGAGUUGCGGGACCUCGUGGAGGAAUUGAAACGGGAGGGGAUGCUGGCUACAUCCGAUGCCGAAUUUCCGACACUGAGCGUAACGCAAAAAGGGCGGCAGUUUCUGAGGAACCGGGAAACGCUGAUCCUCUCCCGACCCGUGGAGCGGAAGGCUCCCAGUGAGUCGAGGGGAGAGAGGACCCGCGACCCGGACGGGGGGGCCUACGACCAGGGGUUGUACAGCGCCCUGUCGGCGCUGCGGAGGCAGAUCGCGGACGAACGCGGUGUUCCCGCAUUUGUGGUAUUCGGCAACCGCACGUUGCAGGACAUGGCGCGCAUAGUACCGCGCACGCCGACGGAGUUCUCGCGGGUGUCGGGAGUGGGACGGGCCAAGCUGGAGGACCUAGGUGCCCCGUUCCUCGAGUGCAUCAACGCGUUUGCACGGCAACAGGGGUGGCCGGAAACGGCGGCCAUUGCCAAAAAGGCAACGCCGGCCGAGCGAGCACCGCGGGUCGUGAACCAGUCGUAUCGCGAGACUGGGCAGAUCAUAUCCGAUGGGGCGUCCCUGGAGGAGGCGGCGUCAGAACGCGGACUGACCGCUGGCACCAUCCUGGGGCACUUGGAGCGGCUGGUGGAGGAAGGCGUCGAAGUGGAGUGGGCGCACCUGCUGCCGCCCGAGGAAGGCCGCGCUGAGAUCGAGUCGGUACUGGAAAUUCUAGGCGACAACCCGAUGCGGCUGGUGUGGGAGGAGCUGGAAGGUCGGUACAGCUACGACGCUAUCCGGCUGGUGCGUCUGGCGAGGCGAAGCGCCGGUGGGUCGCAAGGAAAACCGAGUUCAUCCUCGGCGGACCCGCGGUCGAUGCUUGGGCUCAGGCGAGGCGGAUGA